UUUUUCCCCCAAAGCCCCAGUAGAUAGUUGUAUGUCAUAGCUGCACAUCCUUCUAGUUGCUGUAUGUGGGACACGGCCUCAGCAUGGCCGGAGAAGCGGUGCGUCGGUGUGUGCCUGGGAUCCGAACCCUGGCGGCCAGCAGCGGAGCGCGUGCACCUAACUGUUAAACCACAGGGCCGGCCCUCUCACCCGGUCUUACAGAGCCUUCCUCCACACCGGCUGCCAGAAUAAUCUCUCUAAACCAGCCUGACCACGUCUCUUCCCUUCUUAAAAUUUACUAUUUUCAGGACCCAGUGUAAAUUACUCAGCUUGUCACUCAUCCAACAAAUAUUGGGGUGGGGUGGGGGGUACUUACUAUAAGCCCAAGCGUUCUUAUUGGCACAAAGAUCCAGCAGUGAACCAAACAUAGCAAAAGCUCUGCCCACAUGGAGCUUACAUUCUAUGGGCCCUUCACAGUCGGGACCCCAGCGUCCCUUUACAGCCUCGUCGUCCCAAUUCCCUCAUUGGGAAUUGGGACGCACGGCGCACUCUCGUCUCCUCACCUGCCAAGCCUUCCCACACUCCCCACGAUCGAGAGACUAGUCCUCUCCUCUCAGAUCCCUCCAUUGCCCCCGCAGGGCCUACUACAAAAACCUAGGCAUCCCCUGCAAAUUGAGGCUCCUCUUCUCGCCAGUUGAAGCCCCGCUGCCCCUCCCCUGCCUCUCGGGGAUUGUGAGCUAAGAGCCCCGGGUGAGAGGCUUGGGACCGCGGAUCCCCCUCGCCUGGGCUGGCCGCCUCCACCUCACAGGAAGCGGGGAAGGAGUGCGACACCCACGCCAUCCAGGAAUGUCUGGUCCCCAGGCCUCACGCUGGGCACAGAGGACCUCGGUCAGCACUCAAGUGGCUUCCCCCGUAGUGGAGGAAGACAAGCUAGGCAGUGCCAAUGCAGAGUGCCAAGUGUCACACGGUCAGCACACCGGUUUCUUCCUGACUGACAACAAGAGCCACCCCCAGAUGAGUGAAUUUUCCUGGAAGGAUGUUACCAGUGCCUUGUCCCUGGCAAACAUGAUCCUGGGGCUCUUCUCCAUCUUCUGCAGCUUCUGCAAGAAGUCCCACUGUGCUUCCUGGAUGCUUCUGAUGAGCUUCCUAUUAGACACGGCAGUCAGGGCAGUGACCAGACACCUCAACAUCUGCUCCAAAUCAGGAGCUGAGCUGAAUGACUUUGCUGUCUUCACCACCUUUGGCCUGGCCUCAGCCCUGCUCCUAGGCGUGAAUGGGGCUCUGAACGGGUUCCUGGCCAUCAUCUAUGUGUUAGCUGCUUCUUUCCGCCUGUGUUUUUAUUCAACUGGCAUUCCCUCUGCAUACAAGGGACUACCUUGCCCCUAUGCUUCCUGUGUUUUGGCCUCCACCUCCCUUCUGAUCAAAGGCAACACUUUCAUCCUCUCUUGCAUGGCCUCACUCAUGAUUCUAUUCAUGAUGGACCAAAGCCACUACCCACAUGAUGAAAUCCUGGAGUCUGAGAACUGGAAAAAAAUGGUUUAUCUGGGAGGUGUCAUCAUGCUAUUUUUGUCUCCAUUUUCGCUAACUGCUUUCUACUGCCUGGUGUGGUCGCUCUCCUACAUCUUCUUUCCAGAAGCUCUAUGGGGCAAGGCAGCGUGUCUUAGGCUGCAGCACAGAAGAAACUAACCAGCUCUACUAACUCCCACUAGCCUCUGUGGGGUUUGUGCCAGCAUGUUGGGCCAAGCCCUGCUGUAUCCUCACUAAAUCUUUCCUUGUCCCUAUGUUGUGCAUGUGCAAGAUACAUAUUACCUUGAACCAGAGCAACUCACAGUAGGGCCAGCGGCCUUCACUUCUUCCUCUUUAUUCAGCAUUCUGAAUCCCUUGGGGACAAUAGUUGUUUAUGUCAUGUAGAACAGAAUUUUUUCCAACCUAAAUUUGGGCCAGGUUUGAGUUCCAGCUUUGUUUUCAGCUGAGUGACCUUGUGCACUAUGGUUAACCCCUAGGAGAGGGGUGAGACCCUUCAGAAUUGGUAUAGCCUCCAGCUUGGCCUUGUUUGAUGGUAGUUACUCCAGUGGUGGGGUGGGGCUCACUUAAGCAUUUCUUAAACUUACAGUUUCUGGCUCUGUAGAUCAGAGCAAUCACAGGACAAUCAUGUUGCCCAGUUUGAAUGUGUGUGGGAUUUUGUAACUUAAAAUUCUGUGUUUCAACAAUCAAAGCUUCUGCCUUUUGCUUUGUUUAGAGACUAGACAUAUUGGCCGCUUGAGGACAUCAUUUGGUUUCUAGGAUCUCUUUGUGUGGUUUUUUUCCUAAGCUUUAAAAUACUAAAGUCUAGAUAUUCAAAUGCUACUUCAUCUUCUAAAAUCCAAAUCAAAUAGAAAUAAACAAUAUUGUAUGGAACCCUAAAGUUGCACCUCAAACAGAACUUAGGUCCACUGAAGGCAACAACCCCCCAGCACUGCCUCUGGAUUUUCUUCCUCCAGAUGGUACACCGAAGGAUGGUUGGCUAGUUCUGCCCCUUCCUCAACUAGGGCACCAGAGCACCUCUUACCUCAGCUCUAACUUCUUGAAGAUUGCAGAACAACGUAUGUGGCAAAUACGCAUUAAAUCUAAAAUUAGGUUUUAAAGAUAAAAAUCCGAAGAAGUCCAUAUUACUAUGAUUUGGCUUUAAAGGACCAGAUAAGUCCUUCCUCUUCCCCACUGUCCUCUAUUCAUCUCUCUGCUAUAUCAUUUAUAUUUUUUCAUAAUUAGAUGAAUACGUCUGUGUCCCACUAGAUUUUACAUUCCUUCAAUUUAUGUUUUUGUAUUUCCGCUGGCUGCCACAGAGCCUGGUGCUCAAAAAUGUUGACUUUGGAGAUGAAUUGAUUUAGUUGUGCAUUCUAGUGAGUUCUAUACAAGGUUACUAUCAUGUAGUGAGAAUCUUAGAAAUAUACAUGGGCUCAGACAUUUCAGUGUGAUGUCCUUCAAUGCUCAUUUCAGUGAUGCUACCCUUCAUCAAAGUCGUGUAGGAACUCCAAUUCGAGAACUGUCUUCACAUAAGCUCUGAGAGGCCAGCACCCAGCACAUUGCCUAGACAUAGUAGGUGCUCAAAAAAUAUUUUUUUUACUCUGACCCACCAAAUUUAGUCCAAAAACCUAAUAUUUAAGAUUAGCCUAUGAUGUCCUAUUCUUAAAUCACAUUCAUUGUCAGAUUUGGCCUCAAAUGACUUCUGGCUGUUUCUAAAACUUGAAACUAUGUUCAAAGGAAGGAGAUGUAAUUCUGAAAGAGGAUUUCCAUGUCCAUUUUGAGUGACAGAAGCAGAGUUAAAAUAAAUAUGUAGACCCCCAAAAGGACUGCUUUGAAAAGGAAAAUACCCAUUUGGAUGUAUAAAUUGUGCUUUGUUUGUAGCAAUACUAAUUCAUACUUCAUUGGCUCAAGCUUUUUGUAGAUUGGUGACAUGAGGAUAGUUACAGGUCAGCUGAGAGCCUCUUGAUCUAACAGAGGGUUGUGUGCUUCCUUCCGACUCUGUUAAAGUAAGGCUACACUCCUACACUGGCUCCAGCAUCAAGGGAUGCUCGUGCUAACCAUUCAACGCCUUUACUUCCUCAGUUAGAAAUAAAAAUGCAAAAAUAGAACAGCUAAAAUACAAUACGUUCUAAAAUAAAAAAAAAAAAAAUAAAUAAAAUGUUCUGAAAUAGAACAGAUCUUAGGAACAAGUGGGAAGGCCAACACUUUAAAAAUAUACUUCUCAGAUGAAUAAAUGAAGUCAGAGGGGUCUAGUUCCUGAUUCUAGGCAGCUCUGCUGGCCCUACACUUGCGAUGCGGGUGUAGAUUUCCGUCCUGGUCCACCUUACCUGACCUGUAGUACUACUCCUUGUGUCUUGUGAGCAGAAUCAAGUGACUGAGAAUUCUGCUACUUUUCUUCAGCUCUGUGAUCUUGAACAAAAGGUUUAACCUCU